AUGGUGGAGAACGGUGCAUCUAGUGGCGGAAGCGAAAGUCCGAAUGCUACUACGGGAAGAUCCGGGUUGCUCGAAACACUAGUCCGUGGCGUUUGGUACCGGGUACAUUGUUCUUUAGAGGAUGAUUAUCUUAGUGUAUGCUUAGACGAUGGCUACGACGCUACGACGACCCUAAACGGAAGCUUGAACAAUAAUAAUGUCGAGACCCCAAACAGUGAUUUCACUGAAGUGCCCGAAGCAAUAGCUAAUCAAAAACGGGUAGUUCAAGUUGUUAAGUCUGAUAACAAUGGCUUGGGAAUAUCAAUUAAAGGGGGAAUAGAGAACAACAUGCCCAUACUUAUAUCAAAAAUAUUUAAGGGUAUGGCAGCAGAUCUAACAGAGCAACUGUAUGUGGGUGAUGCUAUACUUUCAGUGAAUGGGGAAGAUCUGAAAGAUGCAACUCACGAAGAGGCGGUGAAGGCUCUUAAACGGGCCGGUAAAAUGGUUCAGUUAGAAGUUAAAUAUCUGCGCGAAGUCACCCCAUACUUUCGCAAAGCUUCAAUAAUCAGUGAAGUUGGAUGGGAACUUCAGCGCGGUUAUAUGAUGGAAACUCCACCUUCACCUCCGUCGCCCAGACGUCGCCGCGCCGACACGAGAUAUAUACCUUUACUGAUGGCCUGCGUUGCUAAAAAUCUGCGACAUAACGACCCUGAGGACCGCACGAUAGAGAUGUACUCGCCGGACGGCGUGCACGCGCUGGCGCUGCGCGCGGCGUGCAGCUCGGCGGCGGCGGGCUGGCACCGCGCGCUACACGCGGCGGCGAGGCGCGCGGCGCGGGCGGCGCUGGCGCGCGCGCGCCCGCUGCUGCGCUCGCUCGUCGGCGACGUGCGCUACGCGGGCUGGCUCGCGCGCCGCCCCGCGCACGACCACAUGGGUGCAUCCGGCGGGUCCGACGAUUCAGAUGAAACGGAGGGUUGGCAACCCACCUUCGUGGCCAUCACCGAUAGAGAGCUGAGGCUGUACGAGGCGGCGCCGUGGUCGGGCGAGGCGUGGUGCGCGCCGGCGGAGAGCUUCGGACUGGCGGCCACGCGGCUGGCGUGGUGGCGGCGCGGCGGCGGCGCGGCGGCGCUGGGCGUGCGCGCCGGCACGGCGGCGGGGCUGGCCGUGCGCGCGCUGCGGGCCGACGCGCCGCCCGACCUGGCCGCCGCCGCCGGCGCGCUGGUGGACGGCGCCAUCCACGCCGUGCGCGCCCAGCCCGAGUUCACCUUCCGCUGCCGGUACCGGGGCGCGUGCGCGCGGCUGUCGCUGGGCGCGGGCGGCGUGUGCGUGUGGGAGGCGGCGGGCUCGCUGGGCCGCGGCGGCGCGCGCGCGCUCUACCGCCGCCCGCUGCACGCGCUGCGCGCCUCCGCCGACGACGACCGCGCCGCGCUCUGGCUGCACUUCGCCGACGACGACACGCUCGAGCUGGACAUGGAGGGCAGCCCGAAGCCGGCGGUGUUCAUCCUGCACAACCUGCUGUGCGCGCGCGUGCACGCGCUGCCCGCCGACGCGCUCUAGCCGCGCCUCGCCCUAACGCCGGCGCGCCCUAACGUGGCUUAGCGCGCCCUAACGCGCCCUAACGAUCUGUUCUACUAGUCGACGUCUACCCGCUAGUGUGUUUUGACGACGCGAUAUAAAAGUUAUUUAGUUACGAAUGUUGUAUCGAGUCGAUCGUAAUGUUUAUGUAUAAAUGUCGUCUAGAAUAUAGAAAGAUGUCGAGUUCUGAUAUCGAUCGUCGCUCGAACUCCCGAUACAUUCCGAAA